AUGGCCGAAGACGAGUAUGACUUCCUCUUCAAAUUGGUGCUCAUUGGAGACUCUGGCGUCGGCAAAUCCAACCUCUUAGGCCGGUUCACCCAAAAUGAAUUCACGUCCGACUCGAAGACAACCAUUGGCGUUGAAUUCGCAACACGCUCCAUCCAAGUUGAUACUGUGAAGGUCAAGGCUCAGAUUUGGGAUACCGCUGGGCAAGAACGCUAUCGGGCAAUUACAAAGGCUUACUACCGUGGUGGUGUUGGUGCACUCCUCGUUUACGAUAUCAGCAAGCGGCAGACAUAUAGGAAUGUUGGCCGGUGGUUGCAGGAGCUCCGGGAUAGCUCGAGCUCCAACAUUGCUACCAUGCUAGUGGGUAACAAAAGUGAUUUGGGUCACCUGAGGGCUGUCUCGACUGAGGAGGCGAAGAGGCUUGUCAGCGAGAAUAACCUUUCUUUUAUCGAGACCUCAGCGUUAGAGUCCAGUAAUGUGGACGUCGCCUUUCAUGAGCUUCUUAUGGGUAGGGACUUACUUGCAGCCCUUGUUUGA